AUGGCCCGCUUCAAAACACCCCCUCCAUCUCCGAUGGAUCCACAGCUUAGCAUUUGUACUCCACCAACUUUUCAGAUGAGCUUCGAGUGGCCAUCGGACCUCCCGUGGCUCCGUCUGCGAGAAACCUCUUGGAAUAUCACAAUCAACGCUUCCAGCUCGAAGGUAUUGACAGUACAUCAAAGGGAUCGAGCCAAUAUUGCGCUAUCACUGAUGAUGGGAGUCUUGGUCCCUCAAAGCGGGGAAACCUUAUCGAUCUCACUGUCAAAGCUGAUAACAGGUAUCAGCAAUGUUAUGCCAGAAUGGUAUCCCGGAGAACACACCAAGACUGCUCAGAAUCUGUUCGCUCGUCCAACUGCUGAAUCUUUCUCCGAAUACUUCAAGGUUAUGGUCUAUAUGCUAUCAAAUUCAAUGGUCCACGACCACAGACAGUUGGACUUUUAUACCAGCCUUAUGAGAAUUGGGAUUAUAGACCUCCGGGCCGACUUGAAGAAACUUCGAAACGAGAGCUCGACUUUCCGAGCGUUUAUCGAGAUGCUGUUUCAGUUUGAGAUUCGAGAGGCGACUUCACGAUCCAAACACAACACAGAGAGACCAAGACCACUACAUCUUAUCACAUGGCUCUUGGAGCUAGGGCAGGAUCCUAAUUGCCAUUGUCAGGUGUUCCUAUAUAACACUCUAUUCUUGGCCACUCCUAUCCAGCAUGCAACCUAUGCCGGUUACCUAGAGCUUAUUGAGUUACUUCUUCGCUUUCGCGCUCGCGCUGAAGUUCCUCAAUGUAGGGCUCAUGAAGGAGCAUUUGUCAACCUGGCUUUAGGAAGUGGAUGUUCGGAUGUGAGAAAAUUGCGGGUACUGAACUUGUUAUUUGAUCAUAAGUUUCUCAGCAGGGAUGAAAUGCUUCGAGCAGCAAUCGAAUUGCGCGAUGAAGCUUUGAUAUGCAAGAUGCUACAGUGUGGCGCGGAUGCUACAAGCUAUGAGACUUCAUGGCUACCCCCAGAGCAUCGAAAUGAUCGGAACAUCCUUGAAAGACACACUCACUUUGCAAAUCCGUCAGCUCUCAUGAUGGCGUUCCAGGCUGGAGGCAGGAUGGCAGAUUUGAUGCUAGACUACCUUCGUCUCAAAGACCAGCCAGCGCCUUCAAUCCUGGCAGAUGCCUGCAUAGCCGCAGCCUAUGGGGGACAUUAUGACAUCGUCUUGCGACUUGACGAAAUGUAUAGUUCCGGAAAGACUUGUAAUGCAUCUGGUAUUACACCUCUAGAGGCAGCAGUAGUGGGUGGCGACUCAACCGUGUGCAGGUAUCUUCUCGGACGAUACGGAGGUGCAUCAUCCUCAUUGGCCCUGGUCGCGGCUCUUCUGGCCAAGGUUGAUGUAUUACAACUACUCAUUGACUAUGGAGCCAACCAUAACGCCCGACCUUGCUUGCACGGUAAUGCACUGUACAUUUACCUUAACAUCCCGCACAUUUAUUAUGGGAAUUGCUAUACGGGCAUGACAUUUUGGCUACACGGGCAUGAUUCUUACACGGGCAUGACUUUUGUAAAAUCUGAUUGGAGAGGACCCUCUUUUGUUAGCACAUCUCCGUUCUGCCGACAGCUCUAA